AUGGAAGAAGAGAGAGCAAAUACACCAUUGGAACACCUUUUCCGCCUUCCAUUUGAUUUUAACGAGGAUGACAGACUUGGACCAUGGGACAUCCUGAUAAGUGAAGGCGCAGUAGAAUAUAUGUCACUUUUGCGAUCACCUUUGACGGUUAAAGCUAUCAUAACAAAACUCGGAAAAAUAUCUUCUGGGGCUUGGGAUAAGCAUAGACUAAAUAAUAAAAUUUCAUCUUUCGCAAUUCCUGUUUAUGAAAUAGAACUUCACGAUCAUGACAGCACAAAAAUCCUCUGGCAAGUUGACACUGAGUUUUCUGUCCGUAGCUAUCAAAUUAUGCAAAUUGUGAAAGUUUGGGUUAUCACUUCCAGUCAAGAUGAAAUUGAUAAGACUUUAAAGAAUCUCAGGAUGCUUCAUCAGGUUUACAAAGCUGGGCAAAGUGAUAGGUGUACUAUUCGACAGAUUGGUAUAGAUAAUAUAAUUUUGCCAAUACUAUUUGGAGAGGAAAUGACAAAAUCUACUGCGAACGAUUCUUACAGCACUCGAAUGGAUGACGAAAGGCUGUUAGAAGUUCACAAAAUGCUUGUUACAAAUAAAUUCAUUCUGUUAUCAAAGAAUUUAUUCAAAUCACUAGUAAUGGGUGGCACCGGUUUUACUUUUCAAGUUUCAAAAGUAGAGCACGAAAUCAUCAAAAGUCCCACUUCAACUAUCAUAAUUGGUCGAUCAGGUACAGGAAAGACCACAUGCAUUUUGUUUAGACUACUUGCCUCCUAUGUCAAAGAUUCGAGCUAUCUAUUUUAUAAGACACCAUUAUAUACAGUCGAUAAGGAGGACCAAGAUAAUCCUCACAAGAGGCAAAUCUUCAUCACAGCGAGCCCCUAUUUAUGCAAUCGGAUAAAGAAAUACUUCUACAAGCUGAAAGAAUCGGCAAAACACGCUAAGAUAAAAAUGACAUUUGCUGAGUUUCAAGAGUAUGCUAGAAAAAAAGAGAAAGAAGGCCGCAAUGCGGGUCCGAAUAAUAAUAAAAUGCAGGAAGAGGGAGAUGAAGAUAAGGCUCUAAGUGAGAUCCCAAACUUUUCUCAACUAACAGACAAUCAUUUUCCAUUAUUCAUUACCUAUGAAGAAUUCUCUAAGAUGCUUGAGGGAACAUACGAAAUUAAUGGAUCAAAUCCCGAAGGAAGGCAUUUGUCAAGGGAAGAAUAUCGGUCCUUAAGAGCUAAAAAAUACCCCGUAUUUUGCCAACAACGGGAUAAAAUUUACGACUUGUUUUUACGAUAUGAAAAGCUAAAGAAAAAGAAGUAUAUCGGUGAUUAUGAUUCGAUAGAUCGAACACUAGCUAUUUUACGUCAUACUGCGGAAAAAGAAUUUGAAAGUCCACAUAUUCAUGAAGUAUAUAUCGAUGAAUGCCAAGACAACCAGAUCGUGGAUUUUGGUCUUAUCUUGAAGAUUUUUGAUCGUAUUGAUAGUAUUUUUUUAGCCGGAGAUAUAGCGCAAUAUCUACGCGCCUUGAUGUAUAACUGGGAACUCACUCGAACUCAAGCUUAUCAUAUUCCUCAUAAAACUGUAUAUCCAAAACAAUUUGAGCUAAAUAUUAAUUACCGUUCCCAUAGUGGGAUUCUUCGACUUGCUUCUUCGGUAAUUGAUCUCAUCUGGCAAUUUUUUCCUGAAUCAAUCGACAAACUAUCACGUGAGCAUAGCGAGGUUGGCGGUCCACGGCCUAUAAUAUUUAAGGGGUUUCAAGCCAAAAACGAUGAGAAUACUAAGGAUGACACCCAACUCGGAGCUAAUCAGGUCAUUAUUGUACGAGACAAAGAAUCUAAAUCAAAAGUCAAAAAAAAAAUUGGAAAAGCUGGAAUGGUGUUGACAGUUUAUGAGGCGAAAGGGAUGGAAUUUAAUGACUGGCAAAGAAUUUUUUUCGAGCAUCAUUAUAUUCUUUCAUCUGAACUUAAGAACCUCUAUGUCGCAAUUACCCGGGCACGGCAACACGUUUGGAUAUUUGAUGAGGAAAGCGAAUACAUCGAACCAAUCCGCAAAUACUGGCAAGGUCUUGAACUAAUCAGAAGUGAAGAUGAAGCAAGCACUUUUUCUACGUUGUUUAAGAAGUUUUCUAUGUUGAUUAAGAAGAGUAGUCCAUUAGAAUGGGAUCAAAUGGGAAGGGAAUUUUUUGAAAAGCGACAGUAUGAACAGGCUAUGUUCUGUUUCGAGAAGAGUGGGAAUGAUGAAAAUUUUAAAUUAGCUGAGGCCUAUUAUUUGCAACAAAUAGCAAGGAUCUCCAUAGAUGAUUCUGACGAAGAUACUGUGAAGUCGAAAUUUCGUCAUGCAGCUCUUGCUUUUCGAAAAUGUUCUCGGCCAAUACAGGCGGCUUCAUGCUAUGAGAAUAUCGACAUGUAUGAAAAAGCUGCUGAAGUUUACAUUGAAUGGGAUAUGUUUGAGAAUGCUGCACGUUGUUAUCUCAAGGUCCCUAGUGAAAAUGCGGGAAAGUAUGAAAAUGCGGGAAAGUAUUUCGAAAAGGCUAACAUGUACACUGAAGCUGUUGAUGCUUAUGACAAGUGUCAAUGUUAUGAAAAAGUCAUUAAUUUGAUGCAUAGAGAAAAUAUUGACAAGGAUAAGGAUAUCAUACGUCGUGCUAAUCUCCAUUACCGUAAGUUGAAAGACAGAAAAAUGAGUGCGAAAGCUCUUUCCAUUUUUCCAACUCUGGAGGAACAAUUAGAUUUCCUUCGAGAGCAUGCUCAUGAAGAGUUUUUAGAAUUUUGUGAGAAGAAUGGUCUAUUUAGCGACAUCGCUAAGGACCUACGCUCGCGUGAGAGGUUCAAUGAGGCGGCUGAUAUUUUCCUUCGCAUGGUUGGCGUGUUUCCUUGCCUAAUUACCAAGGAGGAUGAAAUUAAGGAGUAUUUAAAAUGCUGCUUAGAUCUAUGUAGGAUCAAAUUAGUGAGUCCGAAUUUCUCUCAAAUAAAAGGUCAUCUCUUCAAGGCACUCGAUAUUAUUUCAAAAGUCAAUUCGCAAGCUUGGGAGAGACCUGAAGAAUACAAGAGUAUAAAAGAAGAGUUCCAAUUAUAUCAAACUUAUUGGAAUUCGGAUCUUGAUGGAAUCCGCAAGUUCAUACAAUUAUUUAGAAGACGUCAAGAUCGUAUCUUCGAGUUUCGUGCAAUAAUCAUACGGUUGUAUAUCUCAAAAUUUGAUAUUCAGACUGAGAACUGGGAGGAGCGAUUACAUUGUCUAUUGAGAAUGUGUGAACUGGCCUUACUCUUUAUAGCACCUCAGAAAAGUGACAAUAUUACAAGAAUUAACAAAGAUUUUCAGAAUAUUUUUUAUGUAAACGAAAUUGCGAACCGUCCACGUAAACGACAAAUAUCUAUUAACAAUCAUAUUCUCCAUAUUCUGAAACAAAAUAAUCAAAAAACGGUAGAAAUUCUGGAUGGUUGGCAUAUAUUUGACGAGAAGAUUUUGAACUCUGCUAUCUCGCAAUCUCUUGCUUUGUUCAUCUAUAAAAACAUCUUGGAGGCUGGUCAGAAGGGUAAAGAAAUUCAAGAUAUAAACUCUGAAAUAUGCUUUAAAUUUGCAUCCUGUUUAAAGAAAGGUUGUUCGAAGUAUCACGUUAUUCCAACACCUUCAAUUCUGCGCAAACGUUUCUCACUCGCUUGUCUUCAGUACACUGUGAUGCAACGGGUGAAUGUCUUUCAUCAGCACAGGCUUUUAAAAAUGGGACAAAUUGAGAAAAUUCGUGGAUCACAAAGAUGGUGGGCUGAAAGACUUGUGAAAAUUCAUAUCCGUUAUCAAUCUCCUCAAACAAGCUGCCCAGAAGUCAUCUAUGCGGUGCUUGCUGACCAACCCGAGGACGUACGUGAUGGUUUAUUAUAUGUCGCUCACAACAUUUGGCUGCAUCAUGUGUUUUCUAAUCCAAAUGACUUUUCGGCCAUGUUAAAAUGCAUGCUUGUCCUUCACCAAUUAAAGGACAAACGGGGGAUUGAUAAAUUCGAUUUUCAAAUGUCAAAAAGAAGGAUACUAAAACACCCUAAUAAGAAAACACCUACUAGUAUUGAUUACUAUUCUAGAUACCAGUCUACUCUUGUUGGAAAGCAACUUCCAUUAUUCUUUUCAAAUCUAGAUAAUAACCAUGUGUUAGAUGCGAUCACGCACAUAAAAAUGGUUAUUCAAUACGCUAUCAACAAUAAUAAACUAAUUAAUAUAAAAACAUCCGACACAUUCGGCGAUCUUAUAUCAUUUAUGGAGUUCAAAACAUCUUUGGUUUUUGCAGUUGGACCUGAAUCUUGUGAUUUUUGCCUCCCUCGAGCUUAUUUGGUCAAUUAUUUUAAAGCAUUUACAGUGGCGCCAUUUAUUCAUCGUCAACAUAGUUACAACAAAGAUGAUUAUUUUGACGAAAUCAAGAACUCUAUUGAUCAAGUUCAGCAGCUCCUCGAUUUGUUGAUUUCUACUGGACGAGUUUAUUUGUUCAUUAUCCUUAGAUUGAUACGAAUCUUAGUUCUUAUAGGCUUAAACGAACAAAAGUUUGCAACCAGGAUCUUUGAACUUUUUAAACACUUGUCCAAACCUUUGAAAGAAAGAAGACUAUUUUCUUCCAAGCUUACAAAAUACUUAAACGAAAGCUCUAUGACUCGUCUUGCGUUCAUUCUUCAUGAUGACCUCAAAGAGACUGAUUUCGACUCCUUGGUAAUCGUCCAUUAUCAUUUAGAAGACUCGUCAAAAUUUUUAGACUUAGAGAAGCAUGGUAUUAUAAAGCUUAAAUAUACCUCGGUCGAACAAUUUCAUUCUGCUCUUCAACAGAUCAUAGCACCAAUAAUUAUUGAAGAGCGCGAUCCUUCAGAUAAGCAACAGAACACUGUAUUAAUGCCAAUAGCUUCUGUCAGUGAAGAUGAUCUGAAUAACGAAAAGUUUGAAAUACCCAAAGAAGCCCAAGAAUCGAUCUAUUUUCCUGAGGCUAAAGAACGUGAUUCUUCAGAUAACCAGCAGAACAUUGUAUUAACGCAAAUCGAUUCUGAUAGCGAAGAUGGUCAAAAUAACGAAAAGCUUGAAAUAUUCAAAGAAACUCAUUAUUCUGCUCAGGAAGAAGAAUCAGCCACUAAAAUUCAAGUCUGGUUUCGCAGUGCUCUCCAAAAACAAAAAACUCGAAAACAUAAAAAUGAUCCAAUUCUAGAAAAGAUUUAUAACGAGAUGGUAGUUUUUUGCAAAAACGAACUUUACUGGAAUAUUGAUAUUGAGAGGAAGGAGGAAAAAAUAUACCAUAUUAUAUUGAGAGGUAUGAUCGUAAAUAACCUUGUAGAUUUGACAAAGGUACAAGGAAAAAUGGAUGCUACAAAGGUCAAAUUGCAAAAGGUAAUCGAUGAUAGGAAUUCGGAUGAAGAAAAAAAAGAGGAAUGUUUGGAAUUACUAGAAGAAUUAAAGUAUAUCCACCAUGAGAAUAUUACGAUACUGCUAGAUUCAUUAUCAAUAUCAGAAGAGAACACGACCAAACAUCAAGAAGCAAACAUCGAAUGGUUGAAAAACGAAUCGCAAACGGCAGAUGAUUGCCUAAAUGAGGUUUACCAUUGGAUGGAGAAAUGCAAUGAUGUUCUGAAAAAAUGA